AUGGUAGCAGGUCUCCUCGUGGGCACCCUGGACGUGGUGCUGGACUCCAGUGCCCGCGUGGCCCCUUACCGCAUCCUGCACCAGACCCAGGACUCGCAGGUCUACUGGACGGUGGCGUGCGGUUCUUCCCGCAAAGAGAUCACAAAACACUGGGAAUGGCUGGAAACCAACUUGCUUCAGACACUGUCCAUCUUUGACAGCGAAGAGGAUAUUACCACAUUCGUUAAGGGCAAGAUCCAUGGCAUCAUUGCAGAAGAGAACAAGAACCUGCAACCCCAGGGAGAUGAGGACCCUGGAAAGUUCAAGGAGGCAGAGCUGAAGAUGAGGAAGCAGUUCGGGAUGCCGGAGGGCGAGAAGCUGGUCAACUACUACUCCUGCAGCUACUGGAAGGGCCGCGUGCCCAGGCAGGGCUGGCUCUACCUGACCGUCAACCACCUGUGCUUCUACUCCUUCCUGCUGGGAAAAGAAGUGAGCCUCGUGGUUCAGUGGGUGGACGUCAUUCGGCUAGAGAAGAAUGCCACUCUGCUCUUCCCCGAGAGCAUCCGUGUGGACACCCGGGACCGGGAGCUCUUCUUCUCCAUGUUCCUCAACAUCGGCGAGACCUUCAAGCUCAUGGAACAGCUGGCCAACCUGGCCAUGCGGCAGCUGCUAGACAGCGAGGGCUUCCUGGAGGACAAGGCCCUGCCCAGGCCCAUCCGGCCACACAGGAACAUCUCAGCUCUGAAGCGAGACCUGGAUGCCCGCGCCAAGAAUGAGUGCUACAGAGCCACAUUCCGGCUACCCCAAGAUGAGCGGCUGGACGGCCACACGGGCUGCACCCUGUGGACGCCGUUCAACAAGCUGCACAUCCCUGGGCAGAUGUUCAUCUCCAACAACUACAUCUGCUUUGCCAGCAAGGAGGAGGACGCGUGCCACCUCAUCAUACCCCUGAGGGAGGUGACCAUUGUUGAAAAAGCGGACAGCUCCAGCGUCCUGCCCAGCCCUCUGUCCAUCAGCACCAAGAGCAAAAUGACCUUCCUGUUUGCCAACCUGAAAGACCGUGACUUCUUAGUUCAGAGGAUCUCCGACUUCCUCCAGAAAACACCGUCCAAGCAGCCGGGCAACAGCAUCGGAGGGAGGAAAUCCAGUGUUGUGGAUCUUCCCCCAGAGUCUCUCCCAGCUCCUCAGGAAGUGUCAGAACUGCCCACCAGCCCGUCCUCUCCCCUCGGCAGCCAGCCAAGCGUCAGUGCUCAGGAAGUGCCAACUGCUUCCCAGGGCCUGCUGAAAGUCUUCCAGAAGAACUCACCCAUGGAGGACCUUGGAGCCAAGGGGGCCAAGGAGAAGAUGAAAGAGGAAUCAUGGAACAUCCACUUCUUCGAGUACGGGCGUGGCAUGUGCAUGUACCGCACGGCCAAAACGCGGGAGCUGGUCCUGAAGGGCAUCCCUGAGAGUCUCCGGGGAGAGCUUUGGCUCCUCUUCUCUGGGGCCUGGAACGAGAUGGUGACCCAUCCCGGCUACUACGCUGAGCUGGUGGAGAAGUCCACUGGGAAGUACAGCCUGGCCACGGAGGAGAUUGAGCGUGACCUCCAUCGCUCCAUGCCCGAGCACCCUGCCUUCCAGAACGAGCUGGGCAUCGCCGCCCUCCGGCGGGUUCUCACCGCCUAUGCUUUCCGAAACCCCACCAUCGGCUACUGCCAGGCCAUGAACAUCGUGACCUCGGUGCUCCUGCUGUACGGCAGUGAGGAGGAAGCCUUCUGGCUGCUGGUGGCCCUCUGCGAGCGCAUGCUGCCCGACUACUACAACACCAGAGUGGUGGGAGCCCUGGUGGACCAAGGCAUCUUUGAAGAGCUCACCAGAGACCUCCUGCCCCGGCUGUCCGAGAAGAUGCAGGAUCUGGGGGUGAUCUCCAGCAUCUCGCUCUCCUGGUUCCUGACCCUCUUCCUCAGCGUCAUGCCCUUCGAGAGCGCCGUGGUCAUCGUCGACUGCUUCUUCUACGAGGGUAUCAAGGUGAUCCUGCAGGUGGCCUUGGCCGUGCUGGACGCCAACAUGGAGCAGCUGCUGGGCUGCAGUGACGAGGGCGAGGCCAUGACUGUGCUGGGCAGGUACCUGGAUAAUGUGGUGAACAAGCAGAGCAUUUCUCCUCCUAUUCCACACCUCCAUGCCCUGUUGACCAGCGGAGACGACCCUCCUGCCCAAGUGGACAUCUUUGACCUCCUCAAAGUGUCCUAUGAGAAGUUCAGCAGCCUGAGGGCCGACGACAUCGAGCAAAUGCGGUUUAAGCAGAGGCUGAAAGUGAUCCAGUCCUUGGAGGACACAGCCAAGAGGAGUGUGGUCCGAGCCAUACCCGGGGACAUUGGUUUCUCAAUUGAAGAGCUGGAGGACCUUUACAUGGUGUUUAAGGCCAAGCACCUGGCGAGCCAGUACUGGGGCAGUGGUCGCCCUGCCGCAGUCCGCCGGGACCCCAGCCUGCCCUACCUGGAGCAGUACAGGAUCGACGCCAGCCAGUUUCGAGACCUCUUCGCCAGCCUGACGCCCUGGGCGUGCGGCUCCCACCUGCCCGUGCUGGCGGGCCGCAUGUUCCGGCUCCUGGACCAAAACAAGGACUCGCUGAUCAACUUCAAGGAGUUCGUGACAGGGAUGAGCGGGAUGUACCACGGGGACCUCACCGAGAAGCUCAAGGUGCUCUACAAGCUGCACCUGCCCCCAGCUCUCAGCCCAGAGGAGGCCGAGUCAGCGCUGGAGGCCACACAUUACUUCACGGAGGACAGCUCCUCAGAGGCGUCUCCUCUGGCCUCAGAUCUGGAUCUUUUCCUGCCCUGGGAGGUUCAAGAAGCACUAUCACAGGAAGAGCAAGAAGGCUGUGCAAAUGAGGACAUCCAAGAAAAAAGAGGAGGUACGGGAGGGAUCCCAUGGUCACCCCUGGUUCAUUGCAACCCCUCCCAGACGGUGGGGGAGCCCUCGGCCACCAGCACGUGCUCUUCCCUGUCAGAGAAGGGGACCAGCCCGCCCGACUACCGCCACUAUCUGCGGAUGUGGGCCAAGGAGAAGGAGGCUCAGAAGGAGACGAUUAAGGAUCUGCCUAAAAUGAACCAGGAGCAGUUCAUCGAGCUGUGCAAGACCCUGUACAACAUGUUCAGCGAGGACCCCGCCGAGCAGGAGCUGUACCACGCCAUCGCCACGGUGGCCAGCCUCCUGCUCCGCAUCGGCGAGAUCCUGGCGUCCGUGCUGACCGAGGCGGCGCUGGUCACCUUCUUUGAGAAGCGGGUGGACCUGGGGCUCAAGCUCAAGGAGCAGAAGACGGUGGAGAGGCAGUUCAGCGCCUCCAGCGACCAGGAGCAGCCCGGGCUCUCCGUGUGAGCCCCGCAGCGGCGGGGGCCUCCCCGCGC